GGGGUAGGCAGGGCUCCACUGUGGGAGGAGGAAACUGCGGACGAGGACAAUCUUGUCACUCAGUCCCAGCAAAUGAUUAUGCUGUUGGGGGCCGGACUUGACAGUGGGGUGGUUGCAGCCUCAGCAGUAAAAGUCCGGCCCCAGGUUGAGAAAGAUCUCAAAGCUCCGGCUCGCAUAGUUCUACCCUCAAGCCACCCUGCGGAGUUAACGUGACGUAACGUAACAUCUCUCCGGCGCUCCCACUAUGUCUCUGAAAAGGACUGAAUGCCUCUUGCUCUUUCUUGCUGCUCUGAGAGCUGUUAUAAUGAAAGAAAUACACGGUAUGGUAGGGGACAAUGUUGAACUAAGCUGCAUUAGUCCUAUACAACGACAUUUUGACUUACAAAACAUACAUGUUUAUUGGCAAACAACGAAGACACCACCAGAAUCUGUAAAGUCAUAUAUUCCUGGCGAGAAUUCUUCCCAAUAUGAUGAUUCUAAGUAUAAGAACAGGGCAUCGCUGACACCUGAAAAAAUGGAAAGAGGCGAUUUUUCUCUGCUUUUGUCUAACAUUACCACAAAAGAUGAACAGGAGUUUGUAUGCAUUGUCCUGAAUAAAUCCAGUUUUGGGAUUCUUUUACAAUCUGAAGUCACUCUCCGUGUGGCAGCAAACUUUAGUGUACCAGUGGUGGCCCAGGAGACUAAUAAUACAGAAGUCACUUUUACCUGCACUUCCCACAAUGGGUUUCCGGAGCCCAAAGUUUACUGGGUAAACAAAACCGAUAACAGUUUGCUCAAUCACACUCUCCAAACUGUCACGAAAAAUGAGAAAGGCCUGUUCAGUGUCUACAGUGUGCUGACAAUCGAAUGGACUCCUAAUAUCAGUAUCGAGUGCUGUAUAGAAAAUGUGAACCUACAGCAAAACCUAACAGUGUGGAAAGGCUUUCUCCCUUCUCUAGGUGGAAACACAGGACAACUAAAAUUCACCACCAUCCCAAAUGAGCCUAGACCACCUGAGACAACAUCAAAUACUGCCCUCUUUAUUAUCAUUGGAAUUUUAUUUGUGGUUCUGGUGGCUGCAAUUAUUAGUAGACAGCUGUGUAAAAAGAGGCAUCACUAUGGACAUUACACAGGUCCCCAAAGAAAUACAGAGAUGGCAGAAGCUAUUGACUACAGUUGAAAGAGAAGCCAUCUCCAUUGAAUGGAGCCAAUACCUGGCUAUAUAAACUACCACAUGACAAAGGCAAUUUUGAUUGGGGGCUGCCUGACAAAACCUCCCUCUGGUGCGUGGAUGAAAUGACUAAUUAUCUUUCAAGCAGGAAGAAGGGGAAAUGAUUGCCUUCUACCUAUCCACUCAACUCCCAAACAAGAUUAAUAAUAGCUAUCUGGAAUACAAAACACUGGAAAUAUACCUUUGAGGAAUUGGAGCAUUAUUGUACUUUUGGAAUGUCAUGGUGGCCACUCUUGGCCAAAAGUAUUGGCAGCACUUAACCCAGGAAGAAGGACGAUGCAGCUAAUUCAAGAAUGUUUUUUUAUAGAGUUAACAGCAUUCUAGAAUAGAAGAACCAAAGAAGCUUCUUCCUCUUUCUGAUAACUCUUAACCAUGGUAGAAAAAGGGGGCAGUGCUAAUUGAAGAGCAAAGGCUGUAUCUUCAUGUUUUUAUUCUUUCCUUUCAUCCCUGAGACCUCAGACUGCAUCUGACUCAGCUUCAAGAAUAACCAAAAUAUGCAAAACUUGGAAAGAAGACCUUUUGGUAUGGAGUUUCUGAAAUGGGAAAAAAAUGACAUCAGUGGCAAUGAUAUCUAGUUUAAAACAAUGUGAUUGCACUGUACACUUUCUAGAGCUGUAUCAGAGAGGAGUAGAAGCUAUGUGGCGUUGGGAGAAAGCUACCUACUAUGGAAUGAUUCCUUAACUGUUCCUUCCUUCUCAUUCUCUGUGCCAUACCCUAUGAAAAUAUGGUAAAGUAUCAAAUAUGGUAAAUGCCUCUCAUGUUUCCUACCAGACAGGCUGAGGCUGGUAGAUCUCUUGAGCUGGGGAGUUCUAAGCUGCAGUAGGCUAAGCGGAUUGGGGUCCACACUGAGAUUGCCAUGGUGAGUCUCCAAGAGCAAAGGGCCAUCAGGCUGCCUGACAAAUCGAGCAGAUCUAGGUUGGCCAAUAGGGUUGGACAACAGUAGAAUUGGAUCUGGGUAGCCCCUGUACUUCCAACCUCAAUGAGCUAGGAAGACCCAGUCUGACAUAUAUUUUGAACUCAAUGAUGUCUAAAGGAAUACGUAUUUAAAAAAGAGAGACGAGGAUAACUGGUAGAUGGAUUGAUUGCUCCAUUAUUAAGUACUCCUGAGAUGUCAGUGAAACCCAAGAAGGAGGACCUCUUGUGCCAAACUUAUCGAAGAACGUUAACAACAGUUGUACAGAAUGAGAGGGCCUGGAUAAAAGCAUCCAAAUCAAUGGCAUUUACACAUACAUGUGCACACACGAGUGUGUAAUUAUAUCUACCCACAAACACAUAAACUUUUUAGCACUUUGGAGAGACUUUUCAGACCUUGGAAAAUUGCCAAGUAGGACAAAUUUAUUUGAAAGUACACACACAAAUAUAUAUGAAUAAUGUAAUAUGCUUAUAAUGAACCAAAGGAAAUUGUCUUAAAUUGGAUUAUAUAGAAUACAGAAAAAUGGGGGAAGCCCUUCAUUGAAAUGCCACUUCUCAUCAACAGAAAUGAGAGAAAAAGUGGACUCUCAGUUGUAUUCAGGCAAAAGGAAGAUUUUUCUCUCUAGAAAAGUCUUAUAAAGUCUCAAUUUCUGAAAUCUCUUCACCCCAAAAAUGGGAAGAAAAGGCAGUGCUUGAAUGUAGCAGUUUUUUGUUUUGUUCUGUCUUCAUUCUGAAACAGCCAAAUUCAAUAGGCAUUUAGUACUACUAAAACUCUAAAAGACUCAUUCCUGAGGAAAACAGAAAACAUAGAAAAAUAUCAGAGAAGGAAAAAAAGGGGGGCCAUCAAUAGAAAGCUGGCUUUGUGAGAUGAUUAAAAAAUAAAAGUUCAUUUUGUUCCUUCUCUAAAGCAAGGCUGAAAAAUGAUCUUUUCCACAACCUCAUAUGAGUAUCUUUUUAUGAAAGCAUCUAAAAUUUGUUAGUACAAUAUGGAUAACAAUUUUGGCACGUGAGAGGGAGUUUCUUAACCUUGGAAAAGUUGCCAUGGUGGCCAAGUUUCUUUCAUAGUUGCCUAUGUCUCUAUCCAUCUCCCUCCUCUCACCAUACAUUGGAAGGAUUAUAAAAGACACUACAACAUUAUAGAAUGUCAGAGGCUUCCCAUUCUAGGAUGCUUCUUGAAAUGGGAGGCUUCUUUUUUAAAAUUUGAAUGUGUUUUAAAAUUUAAAAAUUAUCAUCUGGCAUUUUGUGACUCAGAUUCUCUUGGUCCCUCCCUGCCCUCUCAGCAUCCUGAGGCAGUAAGUAGUCUGACGUAGGCUGUCAUGCAAGCUCUUUUUCCAUAUUCCUCAUGGUGUGAAAGAAGACACAUACUAUAUCAGAAAAAAACUCAUGAAGGAAAUAAAGUGAAAAAUGGAAUACUUUGACCUAUAAUCAGACUCCAACAGUUCCAAGAAAAAGCUUCUUAUUGCUUUAGAAUAUCUGCACGGUUACAUUCAGGUGAAGAUAGGUGCUUGUCUUGUGUAUACUGAGCAACCUGAAGUUUAAAAAAAAAAUAAACUUCUAGACCAGACAAGACAAGAACAAUUGAAGUCUCCAAGUGACUUUUGUUGACAUCAAAGGUUUCCUUUGUUUUCUCAUCCCAAAAGUGGUGAGGGAACAGGAUUUAAUGAACAGCCAAUUUCGCUUUUACAACUCUGAAUAAUCAGUAAUUAUCUGAGUCACCAUGCUUUCAGCAGAUUCCACAAGUUCCUGGGGUUUUUCUUAGAGAACAUCAGAACCCUGCAGUCACCUUUGCUGCUCACUCAUUGGCAUUGUGAAAUAGCAUGGAAAGAUGCAUUCCAGAGAGCUCUUCAUACUUAUCCAUUUAGAAUUCAUAUCUACAAGGGCUGAGAUUGAGUCAGUGGACUUUCUCUAUUGCAUUGCUCCCAUGUUUGUGUUAUUGUCAUUCCCAUCAAGAAGUAGACAACCACUCACCAGCCAUAUUCACAUCUGUAUCUUCCUCAGGCUCAAAAAAUCCAUGUCUCUCCUCAAAAGCUGAUGGGAAAUAUGCCAACUGGCAUUCUGAGAUCCUCUUGGUCUGUGUCAGACGUACAUUCUGCCUUCUAUAGAAGGUUAUUCAUUUUCUUACAUUUGUUCUUUUCUAGCUUAAAAUGUUUAGAUGUUUGAAGUGUUUGUCUUUAUAUCAUUGCGGGGUUGGGAGAGGGUCAUAGUAGAAGAGGAACUGAAUCCCACAUGUAUAUAUUUAUCCAAUUUAGAGAAUAAAUGUUUUUAAAAUGCACAAUGUAGAUAGUUUUAUCAUCUAGCAUUAUACAAUUUUGAAAUAAUACCCUUCAAAAUGUGUCCUGUGUAGGGGAAAGAGACAUGUUUAUUGCCUACACGUACAUUGUCUAAGAAAGAAAAGGUGUUUAGAUUAUAUAUGUGUACAUAUAUAUUUACAUUCAUGGACAUAUCUCAUAAAAAGUAACUGCAUCAUUGUGCUGGUAUUUUCAGAGGGCCAAAUACUGAAAACAAAUCGCUACUGAACUACUUCCCAAACUGAGGCUUCAAGAAAGUUAGCCCCAGGUAGCUCUCCUACUCUCAAAGAAAUAGUAGAUGGCAGACCAUAUAUAUAUAUAUAUAUAUAUAAUAUAAUAGCUUCUCAUAUCCUUCCCAACUCUGAUAUUAUGUUCCAACUCUGUCAUGACCACCUCUAAAGCUUUCUCUCAUAUCAUCUAUAAAAUGAAAAUAUUGGACAAGAAUUUCUCAGAGAGGGCAAAUUUUUAUCUAGUUAGGCAGUCUCAAAAAAGCUUACCUUUUAUCAAGGUAGCCUACUCAGUAAACCGAGAUAUGAGUGCCCCCGUAAUGUAGAUUAAAAAAGCUUUUGCUUUAUGUAAAUAUAAAUUUAGGUGGUAGUUUCAAAAUAGAGAAAUUCAAUUAAAAAACCCUUUGCCGCCUUCCUAAUGCCAUACACAGUUAAUACUUUAUAAAAAGUUUUAUUGUCAUUUUCUGUUUCACUAUAGUUAUCCUGUUUAUCACCUCCCCCCCAACCAUUCUAUAUGACAAAUAGUAAUUUUUGAAGAAAGUUUGCACAAAAUGAACUAUACCCCAAAAAAGUCUAAAAACAGGUGCAACAUAUAGCUGUGAACCUCACACUUUCACAAAAGGGUAGGUUGGAGUAUCUUCUCAAAUUUCUUCAUUCAAAUCCUGUUUAAUCUUUAUAAUUUUGUUAUAUUUACUUUUUGAUUUUUUGGUGUGUCAUUUUAAUUUCCAAUUUAUAUUGUUGUAGUUACUGUACAUGUUGUUUUCUUGGCUUCACUUAUGUCACUCUGCAUCAGUUCAUAUAGAUCUUUCCAUACUUCUCAGUGUUCAUCAAUGCGUCUUUUCUUACAACAUGGUAACCGUGAGUAGAAAGACCAGAAUAGAUAUGAGAUGUUUAGGAUUUUGCAAAUAAUUGGAUUUAGAUGGUGAGGAGAGGAUAUCGUGGUAUUGACUGCUGUAUUUAAAAGUGACUGAACAGUCAUUCUGGCUAAAGUCUUCAGAAAAAAAUGGUUUGGGUUAAAAAAAAGUACAACAAAACAAACCACCAUUGUUGUAUCUUGUUUGGCCAAUUUAGUGCUCAAAAGCACUAAGAAAUACUAUGACUAAGCAUGAAGUCAUUUCUGUACUAUGCAAACCCCUUUCAAACCUGGAUGCCAUCACCUGAAACAACAAUCACAUUUUUUAAAAUUUCUAAUUUUUAUUAAUAUUUUGUUUUUACAUCACCUUCAUUCAGAAUAUAUCCCUUCACCCUCUUAUCUAUUCAGAGAGUCACUUCUUGUAAUAAAGAAUUUAAAAAAAAGAUUGAGGAGGAGGAAAA